AAAUAGAAAAACAAAAUAGGUAGUAGUAAUAAAAUAUUAUCGAUAAUUUGUCAUAGAAUAGUUCAUUUGUGAGCUACAUUCAACUGCCAAUACUUUCUCCGAUGCUCUUCCGUCAACUUCAACGGCCAUUUCCACAAUCGGCAACUUAUACUUCACUUUUAUAACAAAGCGAUUUUGCUUAUUCGGUCCCAGCGGCGAUGGGCGGCGGCGGUCCCAGAAAUUAUUCGGCGAAUCCAAAUGAUUACAAGCUUCUCGAAGAAGUCGGUUAUGGAGCGAGUGCAACAGUUUAUAGAGCGAUCUAUCUUCCUUACAAUGAAGUUAUCGCAGUCAAGUGCUUGGAUCUCGAUCGCUGUAACAGCAAUCUGGAUGACAUACGCAGGGAAGCUCAAACUAUGAGUUUGAUAGACCAUCCUAAUGUAAUAAAGUCAUUCUGUUCAUUUGUUGUUGAGAACUACCUAUGGGUGGUAAUGCCCUUCAUGGCUGAGGGCUCUUGUCUACAUCUCAUGAAAAUAGCAUAUCCAGAUGGAUUCGAAGAAUCUGCUAUUUGUUCUAUGUUGAAGGAAACUCUCAAGGCGUUGGAAUAUCUCCAUCGACAUGGGCACAUACAUCGAGAUGUGAAGGCUGGGAAUAUAUUACUGGACACUAAUGGGGCAGUAAAGCUGGGCGAUUUUGGUGUUUCCGCAUGCAUGUUUGACAGUGGUGAUAGACAGCGGUCUAGGAAUACCUUUGUAGGAACUCCGUGCUGGAUGGCACCAGAAGUUCUGCAGCCUGGAACUGGAUAUGAUUUUAAGGCUGACAUUUGGUCAUUUGGAAUAACUGCCCUGGAAUUGGCUCAUGGUCAUGCACCAUUUUCAAAGUACCCUCCAAUGAAGGUACUUCUGAUGACAAUACAGAAUGCCCCUCCUGGACUUGAUUAUGACAGAGACAAAAAAUUCUCUAAGUCAUUCAAGGAAAUGGUUGCGAUGUGUUUGGUGAAAGAUCAAACUAAAAGGCCAACUGCUGAGAAGUUGUUGAAGCAUUCAUUUUUCAAAUAUGCUAAGCCCCCAGAGCUUUCUGUAAAAAAACUCUUUGCUGACCUGCCACCACUUUGGAAUCGAGUUAAAGCUCUACAGCUUAAAGAUGCUGCCCAACUAGCUUUGAAGAGAAUGCCUUCUUCCGAGCAGGAAGCAUUAUCACAGAGUGAGUACCAACGGGGAGUUAGCGCCUGGAACUUUGAUUUGGAGGAUUUAAAGCUUCAGGCUUCACUGGUACAGGACGAUGAUGAAAUACAAGAAAUUAAGGAAGAAGAUGAUACCAUCAAAGCUUAUAUGAACUACAAGGAGAAAUCUGUUGCCCUACAAUAUGCUGGAAAAUCAACCCCUAGAAAAGAUUCUAUUGCCAGUGAGCAAGAAAGUAUUGGUGAAGUGCCAGUAGCUGAAUACGAGAUCAAGAAGGGAAAAGAUUUGGAGAGCAGUACACCAGAUUCUGAUCAUUGGGAGAAAAAUGGACUGAAGAAGAAUGCAUCAAAAACAGAGUUGCCACCCCUAACCUCAGACAGGGAUGUCUUACCAGCCAAGAGUAGAACUCAAACACCAAAAGCUCGUCAAAGUCAGAGUGGACCACUUAUGGCUGGCGCUGUACUUAGUCACUCGGCAUCAGAAAGAGUUCGAAGCUCCGAAAGAAGUGAGAUUGAAAACCAACAACCAGGAGAUAAAGCUCAUCCAGUGCGAAGAGCACCCAGCUUUAGUGGGCCUUUAAUGCUUCCAAAUCGAGCUUCAGGAAAUAGUUUAUCAGCUCCGAUUAAAUCAUCUGGGGGUAUUAAUGCUUUCAAGACAAGUUCAUUUUUUGCUAUUGUGUUAAUGAUGAUUUUUAUUUGUUCAGGAUUCAAAGAUUCCUUGGAUGACAAGUCGAAGCCGAACUUGGUCCAAAUAAAAGGCCGUUUCUCUGUAACAUCAGAAAAUGUAGAUCUUGUAAAGGAUAUUCCAUUAUGUACAGUUCCUCGACGAUCUUCUCAAGGAUCACCACUUAGGAAGUCUGCUAGUGUUGGAGAAUGGCUGGUCGAAUCUAAACAAAUGCCACCCAGUCAACCGCCCAAGGAACUUGGCGUUAAUAAUGUUCCUGCUUCAGUUCUCAUGCCUCACUUACAAAAUCUCUUUCAACAGACGUCAAUUCAACAGGAUCUCAUUGUAAAUCUAUUGAGUAGCUUGCAACUAUCUGAGGCAGGAGAUUCUUCUCAAAAUGGGAAGUUAUCUCCCUUACAGCGCCCAGAGAGCAAUGGAAUUGUUGAAGCAGCUGUUUCUGAGAGGGAGAAGCUAUUAUUAGUCAAAAUAUCUGAGCUUCAGGCUAGGAUGAUUAAUUUGACAGAUGAGUUAACUGCAGAAAAAUUAAAAUACUGGCAGUUGCAACAGCGGUUAAAUGCCAUGUCAAGUUGCGGAGAGGAUGGGGACAGAAGAGAGUUGGAAUCCUGAUGACAAUGAUACGUUUCAUAUAUAAACACCGUGUAUAUUCAGGUUUAAGUAUAGGAAGAGGCAGAGUGUAAUUAUUCUUAUGUCACUGAAUCAUGCACUUGUCCUUGUUGAAUAGCUCGUGUGGGAAGAAUCCAUCUCCAAGAAUCAAUAAACAAAAUAAUGAGCGCAUAGAUAAUUUCUUCAUUUGUUUGACAAGUAGGUGCUGAAAACAAGCUUCUUGUGCAGAUUCACGUCAAGGGAUUAUUAUUUUUAUUUAGAUAUAGAAGAUUGUGGAGGGAGGAAGGGCGGGCUCAGCGGGCAGAGACUAGAGAGUGGGAGUGGUGGGUUCAAUUUCGAAUUUCAUUUGUAGAUCCUUAGUUUAUGAUGUAGUCAAUAUUAAGGUGUAAUUUUGUAUCAUAUAUGAUGAUCAUGAGAUGUGUGUUCAAUAAAGCUUUUAGCUUCACAAGCAUCCCUCAAGCCUAACAUAUUUGUGGCCGUUGCCAAAUUGCCAUUGCAUAAAUGGAGAGAUGGAUCUGGUACUGUUGGACCCAA